GGAUUCUGGUGAGGAGGGGCUUCGCUUCCGACUGAAAUCGGAAACUAACUUAUCAGUCCCCCUUUGUCAGGGUUCAAUCGAAAAAAAAAAAAAUACCACAAACCGCCCGUCGGCCAAGAUGACGCGGUUCCGUCCCUGCAUCGACCUCCACGCGGGGCAGGUCAAGCAGAUUGUCGGCGGCACCCUGGACAGCAAGACGAGCUCGCUCCAGACAAACUUUGUCUCGCCGCACCCGCCCGCGCACUUUGCCAGGCUGUACCGCGACAAUGCCCUCACCGGCGCCCACGUCAUCAUGCUCGGCCCGGGCAACCAGGAUGCCGCGCGGGAGGCGCUCGCCGCCUGGCCCGGAGGGUUGCAGGUCGGCGGCGGCAUCAACGACUCCAAUGCCAAGGAAUGGAUUGAUGCCGGUGCUGAGAAGGUCAUCAUAACCUCCUUCCUCUUCCCCGGCGGGACCUUCUCCCAGGGCCGCCUGGAUUCCGUUCUUGAAGCCCUCGGCGGUGACAAGAACAAGCUGGUGAUUGACCUCAGCUGCCGGCGGCACGGCGGCGAGGACAGGUGGUUCGUCGCCAUGGAUAAGUGGCAGACCAUCACCGACGUGGAGGUCAACCAGGAUUCCAUCAGGCGGUUAGAGCCGUACUGCUCCGAGUUUCUGAUCCACGCGGCCGACAACGAAGGUCUGCAGCGGGGCAUUGACGAGAAGCUGGUCGAGAAGCUGGCACAGUGGUGCAGCAUCCCAGUGACCUACGCCGGCGGGGGCCGGAACCUGGAGGAUCUGGAGAGAGUGAAGCAGCUGAGUGGCGGCAAGGUGGACCUGACCAUCGGGAGCGCUCUGGACUGCUUCGGGGGCAAAGGCGUGACCCUGGCCGAGUGUAUAGAGUGGAAUCGGCAGCAGGAGUCGCCAGAGCGCAGUUAGACCGAAGGACUGGGAAUGCAACAAGAAAAAAAAAAGUCGAGUCCCUUCACGAGACAAUCUUGGAAUGUGUAAGUUGAAUCACUUGCGCCAUGGACCGACCACCUACAAAGUUAGACACUCUCCUGGACGGGCUU